UUCUAGGAUGUAACCCCCUUUUCUAAAAUGUAGCUCCAUUUAUGCAACAUUUAAUGUAGCUGCUAUUCUUCUUUCCUCUGGUCUAGAAUGUACCUCUCCUUGUUUUCCCCUAAUUCAAUAAAAUCGUUUUUUUUAAACAGAAAUGUAAAGCAGAAAUGCAGAAAUGUUUAAAGACGUGACCACUGCUGUGGUUAAAAAAUGAGCAGAUCCACUGAAACCACCAGCUAUGAGGCACGACAUGAGGAUUUCUUCUCUUUACUUUUUUACUGUUUAAUAGAGUUUGCAGAAAUGGCAGAGGAAGAGGGCGUGUCACAGCCACCGCCAGCCGAUUCGCUCUGUCUGGCCUCAGUCACGCAGCCCUACCCUCGUUCUCCAAAAUCACUCCGUAAACCAGGCGCUGACUCGCUCAAAUACUCACAGGGACAGCUGUCCUGCUGGCUGGAGGAGCUGGAGAAGGAGAGCAAGAGGACGGAAGCUCACAUGGCGUCUCUGAAAAAGCGCCAAGCCAACCUGACUACGAGUGCCGAGACGAUGGAGCAGCAAGUGCGCGAGCGAUUCGAGGCCAUGCGUCUGGCCCUGGAGAAGGAAGAACAAGCCGUCCUGGACUCGCUAGAACAAGAGCACAGGGAGAACAGCAGCAGAAUGACGCGUCUCCUGCACGACUGGAACCAGCACCUGAAACUGGUGCGCAAACACAUCAGCACCGUCAGGACACUGCAGGAGGGAGGAGCUGAGAGCCAGCAGCGGGUCUCUCCUGCAGAUUUCAGCUGCCAUAAGAAGCAGGACGCAGCUGAACUGGCCAUCAAGCUGAACGAUGAAAAGUUCCAGAAGCUCAUGAAGGUUUUGGGGAAGAUCUCAAAAGAUUUGCAAGUCCAACUACAGAAGAAGAGCUUGCUGCUGGACUCCACUGAGGUGGUGAUUGACAGGACAGCCAGCCACAGAAAGAUCAAGGUGACUUCAAGUGGGCGGGGCUUGUACAUCUCUCCUGACGACAGCUCGGCUCCUAGCCACCCUCUGCAGUUCGAUCAGACCUGCUGUGCCCUGGGCUUGCCCGCUAUAAGCUCGGGUCAGUGUUACUGGGAAGUGGACGUUCACUGCUGCCCUUCCUGGGCCGUGGGCGUGGCUUACGGCAGCCUGCACAGGAAAGGGCAGGACAAAAGCACAAAACUGGGCAGGAACAGACUCUCGUGGAGUCUGGAGUUUCGGGACGGGCGUCUGAUGGCGUGGCACAACGACCGGCACUUGGCUCUGUCCGUUCGGGCGGCACCAGACAAGGUGGGCGUGUUUGUCAACUACCACAAGGGUCGCGUUGCGUUCUACGACGCAGACGCCAUGAAGAUGCUGCAGGAUUUCUCAGCAAGCUGCACGACCGCGUUCGAGAGGGCGCAUCACCAGUUCACCGAGCCAGUCUUUCCUGCUUUUCGCUUUUUCAAAGCCAAAGAUCGACAGCCUGUUCCAGAUCAUAUGGAGAUCUGUUGCCUAGGGCUCUAACGCGUUAUUCUGCAGUAACACUGAAAUGCAGAUAAAUCUCAUCCCGCAGAUUUUAGUCUUUUUCCUGCAAUAACAUUUUAACGAUCUAUGUUUAUGCCUAACCAAUGCUACAUUUUAAUGCGACUAAAUAUCCGGAAACAUAACAUUGCACUUUAAAUCAGUGUGGAUUAGUAGUUUAAUUUACAUCCAUGCUUUAAUCAAGAGUUUUCAAAAUAAACAUGGUAAAAAAUUUUUUAUGAAAAGUAAUUUAAGUAUUAAACAAAACAGAAAUGUGGUCAGAAACAAUCUUUUAGCUUGAUCAGUUGAGUUAAAAAUUUAAUAAUAAUAAUAAUAAUAAUAAUAAUAAUAACAAUAAUAAUAAUAAUAUGCAGGAGAGGAGUGAUGUUAUUCCAGGACCAGGGUGAUGAUCCACUUAUCCAGUUCUUACCUUAGCAUAAAACUACUCUAGCCUUAACUUUUAACUAGAAAAAAAAUCCCAAGAUGUGCACUUACCUAAAAUCAAUAUCCAGUAAUAAACUCUUCAUGGUGUGAGUCUUGUCCUCUCUGCUCCGGAUCUUAAUCAGCUCAUGUAAUCUGCGAUUAAGUGAAAGUUAGUUUGUGUAAAUAAAUUACUUAAAUACUUAAUUCAGUGUGAAAUAACACAUCAGGCUAAUCUGCAAAAUAGUUAUGACGAGCUUUAGAUAGUAAAGGAGUCACGGAAGUGGGGAACGAUGCUGUAACCAGAAAUUUAUAUUUUUGCAAUGACAGUCAAUAAACAGCGGGGAAGAAUCCACAACUGCGAGUCCAAAAUGGGCGGGGCAUACUCUCUUUCGCCUGUCAAUCACUAGCCAAUCAUGGGUGUCUGUGAGAUCAUGUAGGCGGAAGAGUGUAGAUAGCACUUUCCUUAGAUUGUAAGUAGGUUCAUUUGUAAGUUCAUAAGUAGGUUAACUUGUAGGUUAGUUAGUAAGUUUGUCAGUAGAUUAGUUUGUAUGUAUGUUGGUUAGUUUGUUAGUUUGUAAGUAGGUUAGUUUGUUGUAAUUUAGUUUAAGUAAGUUCACAAAUAAUAAGUUUGUAAGUAUGUUAGUUUCUAAGUAAGCUUGUCAGUAAGAACUCGUUAGUUUGUAGGUUAGUUUGUAAGUUAGUUUGUAAGUUCAUAAGUAGGUUAGUUUGUAAACAGGUUAGUUUGUAUGUUGGUUAAUUUGUUAGUUAGUUUGUAAGUAUGUUCCUAAGUAGGUUAGUUUGUAUGUAAAUUAGUUUAAGUAAGUAAGUUCAUAAGUAAGUGUGUUUAACUGAAAUAAGUAAGUUAGUUUGUAAGUUAGUAAGUAAGUAAAUUAGUUAGUUUGUAAGCAAGUUUACAAAUAAGUAAACUUAUAAGUAUGUUAGUUUCUAAGUACGUUUGUCAGUAAGAAUGUUAGUUUGUAUGUUAGUUUGUAAGUUCGUUAGCAGGUUAGUUUAUGUUUUUGUAAACAGGUUAGUUUGUGAGUAUGUUUGUAAAUAAGUUAGUUUGUAUGUUAGUUUCUAAGUAAGUUUUUCAGAAAGAAUGUUAGCUUGUAAGGCAGUUAGUUUGUAACUUCGUAAGCAGGUUAGUUUGUAUGUAAGUUCGUAAGUAGGUUUAGUUUGUAAACAAGUUAGUUUAUACAACAGUUCUCAUCCACUAAUUUGAUUGGUCCAGCAGCAGUCCAAACAGUGCCUAUAUUUCCUAUAAUGGCACUGGGACGUUACACUGUGUCUAUCACUCCGCUUUUCUGUGUUCACCACAUAAAAUUCCACUUCCUAGUUCAAAAUGGUUACUACAGUAGAGUUAACAUCAUCAGCGGACAUGACAAACGACACUUUUCAGGAAUAUAACUUGAAAAGUAAGAUUAAAAGGAAAAAGUGUUACCAACUUCACAAAUAAGAAGUUUGUAUGUUAGUUUAUAAAUAAGUUCAUAAGUUAGUUAGUUUGUAAGUUCAUUCGUUAGAUUGUAGGUAUGUUUGUAAGCAAGUUAAUUCAUAAGUAAUUUUGUAAGUAACUUUAGACAGUCAGAAAAAAGAAAGAAAGAAAGUUUGUAAGUAAAUUAAUAAAAAAUUUCAUAAGUAAGUUUGUUCAGUCAGUCAAUCAGAAAUAAAGAAUCAGCGUAAGAAGAGGUGGAUGUAUGGAAAUCAUUGCCAGAUUUACAGUUUCUAAUCCAAUCAUGGUUUAAAACCUCUCAAUAUAAAAGUAGAUCUGAAUUACAUCCAUCAGCACUGUGUUAAUCAUUUCCAGGCCAAAAGGAUUAAGGAAAGCCCACCCUCUGAGAUAUUUAGAGAUCUGGCAACCCUACUCUUUUACUCUGUAAUGCAGUGGAGUGGUGAAUGGUGCAGCGCUGCAGUUUAACAUUAAUUUAAUAAUUAAUCGCACUAUUCUGCUCUGUAACUGGUGUGACUUUAUGAUUUUUUUUUACAUUGCCCCAGUGUUGAAGAUGUAGAUCUCAGAAGCUGCGUUAUUUGAACAGGGCACGCGUUUUAAACUCACCGUGGCGUCCCUAUGCAAAGAACCUUCUGGUAUCCUAAUCCAGAG